CAGCUCCUGUCACCUGGGAGGAUUAUGAAGCCGUCUUCAGUGUUUUUAAGGUCUCACUGCUUUCUGUGUGUGUUUGUUGGAGUUUGUGUGCCCAGCGUCACGGGCUCACUACCUCAUGCCCUCCCAUGGCAUGUCUCCUGCCCAGUGCGGUGUGUGUGCCAGAUCAAGCCAUGGUUCUCCCCUGACUCAGUGUAUCACGAAGCUCCUACUGUGGAGUGCAACAACCUACUGUUGACCAGGCUUCCCGUACCCUUACCCUCUAACACACACACCCUGCGUCUGCAGAGUAACCUCCUGUCCAAGAUCGACAGCAAGGUGCUGCACAGACUUCCCAACCUGACUGACCUUGACCUUUCUCAGAACCACUUCAGCCAUGUCAAGUCGGUAACUGAGAGCUCUUUGUUGCCCUCCCUGCUGUCUCUUCACCUGGAGGAGAACCAUCUCAGUCACCUUCCCGACUCCUCUUUCUCCUCUCUGCUAGCUUUGCAGGAGCUCUUUCUCAGCCAUAACAAUUUACACUCAAUUGCUCCCGGAGCUUUCACUGGUCUGGACUCUCUUCUCCGCCUUCACAUCAACAACAACAGGCUCACCACCAUUGACUCACAGUGGUUCAGAGCUUUGCCCCGUUUAGAGGUUCUCAUGCUUGGUGGAAAUCCAAUUGAGGCUCUACCUGAGAACAGCUUCUCAGCUCUGAAGUCCCUGCGUAGUCUUGUUCUUGGGGGUAUGGGUCUGAGGGGAUUGGCUGAAAGAGCACUGGAAGGAUUGGAUGGUCUGGAGAGCCUCUCCUUUUAUAACAACCAAUUAACAAAGGUCCCCACAAAGGCCCUCAGAAGAGUGUCAGGACUGAAGUUCCUUGACCUCAAUAAAAAUCAUAUCAAAAUGAUUGAAACGGGAGACUUCAGGGACAUGACUCACCUGAAGGAGCUUGGUCUAAACAACAUGGAGCAGCUGGUGUCUGUUGAGAAAGGUGCCCUGGAGAAUCUACCAGAGCUCACCAAGCUGGAGAUCACCAAUAAUCCACGUUUGUCCUACAUUCAUCCUCAGGCUUUCCUUCAGCUCAACAGGUUAGAGAGCCUUAUGCUUAACUCCAACUCUCUGAGUUCUCUGCACCAACAUAUCAUGGUGUCUCUCCCCAGUCUUCAGGAAAUCAGCUUACACUCCAACCCACUCCAGUGUGACUGCCUGUUUCAUUGGGCGGCUAAGGCGGCCUCUCACUCUCACAAAGACAAAGACAAGCAAACCGACAAACAACUUUCACGUACGGUUCGAUUUAUCCAACCACAGGCCACUUUGUGCUCUGAACCACCAGAGCUCCGAUCUCGGAAGAUAAGGGACGUGUCGGCGAGGGAAAUGUCGGCUACUUGCCUUCCCAUGAUUCCCACUGGCUCCCUCCCAUCUUUUGUAGGAAUAAGAGCCGGAGGUAAUCUGGUUUUACACUGUCGAGGUCUCGCUGAACCACAGCCCAGCAUGUACUGGGUAACUCCCUCUGGGCUCCAACUUGGUCCUGCUCCCAGCCAUGGAAGCAAAGGUUUGGUAGGUCCUUUAUCCUGUCACAGUCUGACAGACACAGCGGGAUUCAACCACACAACCUUCUCUAGACAGACGCAGGAAGAUCCUCGCUGCAUCCCCUUCAACCACUACCGUUUACUACCUGAAGGGACUCUAGAGAUCAGCCAGAUUGCUCCCAGUGAGGCAGGACUGUAUACCUGUAUUGCUGAAAAUGCACUUGGAGCAGACACACACAGUGUCACGGUGGUUGUCCACAGCAGAGAGAAGAAAAGAAAAGCCAUGUUGUAUUCUAACCUGAAGGGAACACCUUUAUACAGCAUGGAUCCCAGGUUCGAGGUGAGGGAAGUUGGACAAUACUAUGCGAUCCUGUCCUGGCAGAGUGCACGGAACCUCCCAUCAACACGCCUCUCCUGGCAAGCCAUCUACUCAAAUGCCCACACUCCUGUGUAUACCACACGUGUCCUGGCUGGUACACAGAGUUUCAACCUUACCCACCUGCAAGCGGAAACGUUUUACAGAGUGUGUCUACAUCUAGGGAAUACAGAGGACGCCAAGCGUUACAGCAGGCGAUCAAAGGAGAACAGGAAGUCUCAGUGUGUCUCAUUUAAGACAAAGGUUGUCCCACAGCCUCAGCCUAACCUGCAGCUCAGUCCAGAGUUGGCUACCACUGCAGUUACACUUCUUCUGUUCUGUAUUAUACUGUUGCUGUUGUCCACCCAGGGUCGUGACAGUCCAAUCAACCCUGGGGAUGGAAAGUUCCACCGUACCGUCUUUCAGAAGAUAAAACGCCCCGAAGCUGUGAUCAUGAAUCUCGGCACUAAAGACAGCAGUGGACUCCAGCCAAAGCAAGAUGAAAAACUACUGUCAGGCGAGUACUGCUAAAAGAAAAAAAACUUGACUGAAAUUUACAUUAAUCUUGACCUUGAAUACCUGAUGCUAAGGAGCAGGAAAAAAAACACUUUGUAAAGAAUUAAAAAAAAACAAUGAAUCUGGUUUAAAACAUGGUGUAGAUAGAGAUUUGUAUUUAUUUUAUAUACAGUAUAUAGUAUAUAUUGUCAUUGUUCCUGUGUAAAGAUAAAUUGUACAGAAUAGCUAAACCCCAACCAGGGAAUGAAAGUGGACAAUCAUAUUUCCUGCUGCACAGAGACUGAGCCACUGAGACUGAGAAGUCUUCAUUACAUCUGAGGACAGAUAUUUACAGAGAUCAGCUCAGACCUCAUGGCUGUUUCUAAUGUUUGCUGUUCAUAUGUUCCUCAUAAUGGACCGCAAUGCCUUCUAGCUGAUGCUACUUAGCUUUGAGACAGACACUGAAUGAAAACGCGUGUUUGGACUGUGUAAGUCAUUGUGAUUGGUGUCAACAGUCUGUUUGCUUAGCUCCCAUUACACUGAACUGGGCUUUCUCUCCUACUUCACACAUCUAUACAGUACAUUUAUUUAGAAUCAUCUCCUAACAUUACACAUCUUAUUUCAGCAUUAAGGCACUGGUCAGUAAGUUAUUGUGUUAAAUUAUAUUUUGAAAAUAUUAAACGAUUAAUAAACAUUUUAAUAUGUA